GAUGUGCUACGACCGCUACGUGUCCAUCUGCAAACCCCUGCACUACGGGACCCUCCUGGGCAGCAGAGCUUGUGCCCACAUGGCAGCAGCUGCCUGGGCCAGUGCCUUUCUCGCUGCUCUGCUGCACACAGCCGAUACAUUUUCCCUGCCCCUGUGCAAGGGCAAUGCCCUGGGCCAGUUCUUCUGUGAAAUCCCCCAGAUUCUCAAGCUCUCCUGCUCACACUCCUACCUCAGGAAAUUUGGGGCUUCUGCUUUUACUAUUUCCUUAGCACUUGGUUGUUUUGUGUUCAUUGUUUUCUCCUAUGUGCAGAUCUUCAGGGCUGUGCUGAGGAUCCCCUCUGAGCAGGGACAGCACAAAGCCUUUUCCACCUGCCUCCCUCACCUGGCUGUGGUCUCUCUGUUCCUCAGCACUGCAGUAUUUACUCACCUGAAGCCCUCCUUCAUGUCCUCCCCAUCUCUGGAUCUGUCCCUGUCAGUUCUGUACUCAGUGGUGCCUCCAGCCCUGAAUCCCCUCAUCUACAGCCUGAGGAACCAGGAGCUCAAAGGAGCUCCGAGAAAAUUGAUGACUCUCUAUUUUCAGAAGCAUUAAAUGCUCUCUUUUCUUCUGCAGAGCCUCUAGAAUGUAACUCUUUACAAUCUCUCUUUUUUUUUUUUUUCCUUAUCUUUCCAUUUUUUCUGGAUAACAUUUUCUAUACUUGUGUUUUGUACAAAAUACUGUGAAUUACUCUUUGCAUUUCUACAUUAAUAUCUAAUUUUCUUUUGGAAGACAAAGACAUGCAUGAGUUCUCUUCCCAUGCAU